AGGGUAUAACGUGUCUUGACUAGCUGGGAAUUUUUUUCACAAUGCUAAUGAUUGACUAGAAUGAAGGAGGUCCCGUAAUACCUUUGCUGUCUCUAGACUGUAUAGUAGCACGUUCAGGUAGAGUCAUUCGCAGUGAUUCCAUGACACUUUGAGAACUGAACAGAAUCUACAUUUUCUGGCUUGGUGCACUUCGCACACCUUUAAAGAGGCCAUGGAGGUGCUUGUUCUUCUAGACUUUGAGUCGACUAUGGAAGAUGAGUUGACGGUGCAUGUGGGGGACGUGGUGAAGAAUGUUUCCAAGGCCAAAGAGGAAGGAUGGCUGGAAGGAGAGCUGAGAGAGAAGAGAGGAAUAUUCCCUGCCAACUUUGCCAAGGAAGUGCCUGUUUAUUUAAUAGGGGACAGCAACAGAGAGCCAAGGAGCAUUAGAAAAUCGAAGAAAGCAAAGGUGCAACAGAGGAGAUGCGAGGUGGUGCAUACCUACACUGCCGUGCACGAGGAUGAGCUGGAACUGGUUGUUGGGGAGACCAUAGAGAUCCUCAGAGAGAUUGAAGAUGGUUGGUUUAUGGGAAAGAAAAAUAACCAAAUUGGUGCCUUUCCAUCAAAUUUUGUGAAAGAAAUUUUUGUGCCUUUAAAAGAUUGCAAGACAACUGAAAGCAAAGCCAGGCCUAAACUCUCAGAAGCUGUCUUUAAUAAAGAGGGUAAAGUAAAGAGAGCCAGUUUACGGAGAAAGUCAAAUGUGAAAGAAUGUUGUCAGGUCAUGUUCGACUACACAGCUAUUGCUGAAGACGAGUUGAGCCUGAAGAAGGGAGACGUCAUAACUAUCAUAAACAAGGCCACUGAGGACGAGGGCUGGUGGGAGGGGGAACUAAACGGACGCAGAGGAUUUUUCCCCGAUAACUUCGUCAUGGUGAUCCCAGUGGAUGCCCUUCAUAUUGAAAAUGCUGUCUGUCCACCAGUAAGAGGAGGCUCUGAGAAACAUGCAGUGAAUCAGAUGCCAGUGAUGAACCAGAACAACUCUGAUAUGAACACAAAGACAGAAACUAAAAGUGAGAAACCAGACACUAAAGACUUUCGAAGUGAGCCUCCUGGUAAAAUCAAGUUACCUGGUCUACACAAACCACCGGUUCCACCACCACCUGUGAAGGAGAAGGUCAUAAAAAUAGUUCCAAAAAAUGAAGAACCACCGACUGUCUCAUCGAAACAGCCUCCAGUCUCGCCAAUACUGAAAGAGGUUAAAGAGAAGACCCCCGACCAAUUUGACGGUGUAGACGUGUCCUCAGAAAAACUGAACCAUCCCACAGCCAACAGAGCCAAACCUCCACAGAGAAGACCACCAACAGCCCUCGCCACUGCUGCAAAUGUUACAGAAACUCCUUCUGCACCUUCCAGCAAGACGGAACAACCACCCAAGAUCACCUCACCACCCAAGACACAGAGUGAAGCCAAGCCUGUGAUUCAGGAGGAGAGCGCAUCGCUCACCUCUGUGCUGACAGAACUCAAGGACCUCCGCAUGUCACUGGACCUUCUUAAAAAUCAGCAUGAGAGAGACAUACAGGAGCUGAAGGAUGAACUGAAGGAUGAGAGAGAAAAGCGGAUGAGAUUACAAGAUGAAGUGGAGGCUCUGAGGAAAAAAUAGUGACCAUUAAAGGCCAGGCAUAUUUCACUACCCUCAGCGAUGCACCUCGCCAACAUGAACGUGAAGAAUACAGAAAGACAAAGGUGGAAUUUUAAGGGAAUCGGAGUCAAAGAUAGAUAUGGAAAUUCAGCACUAUAUAAUAAUUAUAUUUACCUGGUAAUUACCUGGUUAAACUUGGUCUUAUCUUAAGGUAUUAACACCUGAUUCAUUUACAUGUUGCUGCUUUGUUUUUAUAUCAUGUGGUCAUAAAAAAAAUAUCUUUGCCCCAAACUUAAUUUACACAGAUUUUCUUUUAUAAACCUUGAUUGCCAUAAACAUUUAAUAUCAAAGCUGAUUCAUUUUCUUUUUUUCAAUGCAGCUACAUUAAAGUUAUGAUGACUAUAACAUAAAAUGGCUGUAUUUAUGUGGUUGGAUCAUAUCAAUGGCGUACAAAUACAGAACCAGUGUAAAUCUAAAUGCAAGCAGCCUUUGUGAACAUAAAAUAUUCAUAUUUAUUUCCAUGACCCCAAUGAACUUAUCAAAAUGAUGAUUUGUGAAAUGACACAAGGCAAUUUGAUUGGCCCCAGGUAAUUUUUUGAUAAAUUAUUACAACACAAAUGCUACAAAAAAGACAGUUAAUACAGAUAUCUAAAUGCUUCUCUGCGAAUGACAGAUGAAAAGGCCUUUCCUGCUAUCUAAGUUGGAUCUCAGCUCAAAUCUCAGCUUUUCCCUAUGUGAAGAUAUGGUAUGAGGCUGGUGUGGAUUUAGUUUCCCUUCAACCAGAAAACAGCAUCUGGAAACCAUGUAGAAUACAUUAGAUCUUCAUAGCGUCUGACAAAUCAAUAGGAAUGGACUAUUUUUUUAACAUCAACAGAAACUAAUUCCAAAUGCUAGAAAUAUGUUUGAAAGAUUUGUAAUGUACUACAGUGAUGACAAUACCACCAAUCAAUAAUUGAUUUCACGUGGUUUUGUAUAUAUUAUGCAACUUAUUAGCAGUUCUCAAGUUUAAAGUAUCUUCACUUGUUGUAAUGAAAUGUACUUCGAAACACAUAGUUGUACUGGCAUUCUUAUCUGUGUAAACAUUUCUAGACUUAGAAAUGUCUUGAAAUGGUAGGCUUAAGUAAAAUUGUUUUCCAGCAUUUUGGAUGACUGUAAAGCUCAGUUAUAUUUCAAUCAAAGUGUACAUAUCAUGGCAAGAAUCUUUGAAGAGGAAAUCAAACAAAAAAUACGAUAGCACCAAGGCCUGUCCUAGUAACAUAAGACAGUGGAUCCAAAAAGUGUGAGUUUUUAAACUAAGUAUUGUUACAGACAUAAACAUCAUCACAGUUGAAGGGCAAAUAUGAAAGACUCACAGUCAAGCAUUAAACUCAAAAUGACAACAAAUACAUAUUUGGAUUUGGUCCAUCUGACACUGUUAUGCUAUCUACCAACAAUAUAAUCUGUUCUUUUACUUAAAUAAACACACUGAUCAUAGAUGACUGAUUGGCAAAACAACCCUGGAUUGUAUUUGAAAAUCCAUGUGAAUAAUCCUUAAAGGGAUAGUUCACCCAAAAAAUAAAAUGCACUCAUUAUUUACUCACCCUCAUGAUAUCCCAGGAGUGUAUAACUUUCUUUCUUCACCAGAACACAUAUAUCUUAGCUCAGUAUGUCUUUAAAAUGCAAGCGAAUGGAGAUUUCUCUUUUUAAGCUUCAAAAAUCACAGACAGUCAGCAUAAAAGUCAUCCAUACAACACCAAUUGUGUGCUCAUCCUGGAUGUCUCAACCAAGAGGAGAAUGUGAGAUUACAUUUGUAUCCAUGGCAAUGCGAAUACUUCACAUAAGAGACCGCUUGGACUCCACGCUCUCGUGAAGCAUUGGAUUAUAGUUAAAAAAUACUUAAAUAUUGAUAUUUUUUGCACCAAAAGCGAUUGUGUAGCUUUAGAAAACAUUAUAUUUAACCACUGGAGUUGUAUCGAUGAUGUUUAUGCUGACUGUCUGCAAUUUUUGAGGCAUCAAAAGAGAAAUCUCUAUUCACUUGCAUUUUAAGGACCUACUGAGCUAAGAUAUUUUUCUUUUCUUUUUUUUUUUUUACUUCAAAUGUGUUCUGGUGAAGAAACAAAGUCAUACACACCUGGGAUAUCAUGAGGGUGAGUAAAUAAUGAGAGAAUUUAAAUAUUUGGGUGAACUAUCCCUUUAAGUUCAUAAAUGUAUUACUUGAUAUUUGUUCCUACUAAUAUUCAGGACUUAAUAUUAACAAGAGUUUGAAAAAUAAAUGGAUUUAGCACAGAUGGUUGAUUGGCAAAUGAACCCUGGAUUUAGUUUAAAUGGAUUUAAACGCAUCUGCAGAAUUGAGUGUACAAGAAUGUUACUUGUUAUAUGUUAUGUAUAAUAAAGGCUUUGAGAGCUUAA